AUGGAGAAUAACCAGCCCACUGAUCUCAAACCUGAACCAAACCAAGCACUCCCGCCUGCAAAUAGCACUUCAACAUCACCUAAUCAGAAUGGCCUUGAAAAACAAAACAGUGAGAAAUCCUUUCCCAAGCCCCAGCCCCCAGAGAAUGAAACAAGUGCUCAGCCUGAAACAACAGUUUGUGACAUAUCUGAAGAGCUGAGCCGACAGCUGGAGGACAUUAUUAAAACCUAUGGGUCUGCUGCUAGUCUAGUGGAGAAAGAGAGAGCUGCUAAAGGAACUGACAAGCCUGAGAAGGGAGAAUCUUUCAGUAACGAGGACGGAGACUAUGACGAUGCAAAUGACGAGAGUGAGAAAGAGCAGAUAGCUACUGGGGAUGCCUCGGGAGCAAAGGAAUCCAGCAUCAAUAAGGAGCAAAAACUGGAAAAGAAAAUCCUGAAAGGGCUAGGGAAGGAAGCCACGCUGCUGAUGCAAAGCUUGAACAAGCUGAGUACUCCAGAAGACAAGCUGGACAUGUUAUUUAGGAAGUAUGCUGAGAUGCUGGAAGAACAUCGUGCUGAGCAGAAAAAGCUGAAGUAUCUACAGAAGAGACAAGCGCAGAUCAUCAAAGAGAAGGACCAGCUGCAGAGUGAGCACAGCAGAGCCAUCCUUGCCCGCAGCAAACUUGAGAGUCUCUGCCGGGAGCUCCAGAGACACAACAAAACCCUCAAGGAGGAAACUCUUCAACGGGCACGGGAGGAAGAUGAGAAGAGAAAAGAGAUCACUAAUCAUUUCCAGGGCACACUGAGUGAUAUCCAGACUCAAAUUGAGCAGCAAAGUGAAAGGAACAUGAAACUAUGCCAGGAGAACACAGAGCUGGCCGAGAAACUGAAAAGCAUCAUUGAUCAGUAUGAACUCAGAGAGGAGCAACUUGAUAAAAUAUUUAAGCACAGAGAACUUCAACAGAAACUGGUGGAUGCCAAGUUGGAGCAGUCACAGGAAAUGAUGAAAGAAGCGGAGGAGCGACAUGAACGAGAAAAGGAAUACCUACUGACUCAAGCUGCAGAAUGGAAGCUCCAGGCAAAAAUGUUGAAGGAACAGGAGACCGUACUACAGGCCCAGCUCACUCUCUAUUCUGAAAGGUUUGAAGAAUUUCAGAAAACACUGACAAAAAGCAAUGAGGUGUUCGCCAGUUUCAAACAGGAGAUGGAGAAAAUGACAAAGAAGAUGAAGAAGCUGGAAAAGGAUACAGCUACAUGGAAAGCCAGAUUUGAGAACUGUAAUAAAGCUCUAUUGGACAUGAUUGAAGAGAAAGCAAUGAGGGCUAAGGAGUACGAGUGCUUUGUGCUGAAAAUCCAGAGGCUAGAGAACCUUUGCAGAGCGCUGCAGGAAGAGAGGAAUGAACUGUACAAAAAAAUUAAAGAAGCAAAAUUCACUAAUGAGGAAGAGGAGGAUGAGGAGGAUCAAAAUGAUGACAUCUUGGGAAAAGAGGCUGAUGCAAGCCGUUCUGUUACUGAACAGGAUAGUGCAGAGCUGUCCAUUAUUGAUGAGAACAUCCUGAAGAAUCUAGCUGCAGCAUUCAUGGUGACCCAUCACGUGCAGGAUCCCCUCACAGUCUCCAGUGAGAACAGUAAUCCAGAGCCAGCUGACCUUCAAGCAUGCAGUUCUCUUUGUCUCACAGAGCCAGGGCUUCCUUUCCAUCCCACCCCGCAGCCAGAGGCAGGGAAUCCCUCUGGGCCGCUGAGUCUUGCUCCGAAAUCUACUGAAAAAUGUGAAGGAGCCCCAGCAGAGCAGCCUGCUCAAGAUCAGCCCACGGAGCAAACACUAGAUGCUGACAUGGAAGGAGUAGAUUAA